GACAGGCCCCACCCCAGAAUCAUUGAUUACCGCUUUUCCUUUACUGUUUCUGGACAUAAACUUUGUUUGUUUAUGUAAUGUCAAAGAAGUACAAAGAAAUAUGAUUAAAAUAUCAUUAAUCAAGCCUUACGCUUUUCAAAUCUCAAGAGGCGCUGGAUCGAAUUUCAAAAACAAAAAUAUACGGCAAUGACAAGCUCCUGCAAGUAAAAAAGUAGCUCACGAAGAGAAAGACAAGUGUGAUUGAGAGAGACAUGUUUCGAGAUCUGUGGGUCUUGUGCUUGGUUUUUAUUUUUUCAAAUUGUAAGAUUGAUGCAAUACAAAAAAAUCAAACCCAGAAUGAAACAUUGGAAGUAUGCAGGAAAGAAUAUUUUGUUGCAAAGUUUGUGAACUCAAACACAUCCAUUACAAAAGAAGAACUUGUUAACACAAAGCAUUGUGCACACAACGCCAACAAAACGAAUUUACAAAAUACACUUAGUAUCAUCUACGUAUUUAAUACAGCUCUUAAAAAAUACUUUUACUGGCUGCGUGGUGAAUUGGUGCAAGAUGCUGCAGACUGGGGAAGUGUGCUUUUUGUUACAAAUGACUUUGAAACCAUAACACAAUAUUAUAACUUUGGACAAGAAAAGGUAAAAGCCUAUCAGGAAUUUAUUCCAGUAACUGCUGGUUCCAAUUACACUUUCAUGCUGUUCUCUAUACCAAGUAAUCGACAUACGCUACAACUGAACAUGAAAGCUCCAGGUAAAAGUUAUUUUUAGAAGAAAUAUUAUAAUAUCUUUUAUACAGCGUAACAAAUUGUCAAAUACAUACACUGAAAUGAUUAAAAGUUGGCUUUUGAGUUUUAAGUACUCGCUUUGUAAGCAGUACAACAUUUGACUGAGGUUAAAUGU